CCUCUCUCUCUCUCGCUGUCUGUCUCUUGUCUUUUACUUUGUAUCCGUUGAAAGCGCGCUCUCUCAGUAGCUCUCAUACCAAUUAGCAAUCCUUUUCUUUUUCCAUUUUCUCUGAUUUUGGGCCUUUCCCCAUCUCACCGUCUCUCCCUCUCUCUGAAAAUUCGGAGUUUGUGCUUGCGUCGCCGGGAACAAUGGCGGUUUCCGGCCCAGGCUCAAACGGGAGCCAGGGCUCUGCUGACACUCUGACGGGAAAGCUGUCCGGGAAGUCCCCAUUUCUCGGGCUGAGGCUGUACGUACUGAUAGGAGCGAUAGGUGCGUGCUUGAUCGUCGUCUCUGUCACUGUUUUCAUCUGCCUGCUUUCAAAUCGGUGGUCGAGAAGGCGGAGGACCCUUGGGAAGCAAGGCUCGAGUCUGAUACCCCUGGUUUCCAAGGAGAUCGCAGAGAUAGAAGCCUCGGAUCGCGCGAAGAAAGAUCGAACGAUUGACGAAAUCGAGGGGAGUGCGGAGGAGAAAGGUUUUGGGGGUAUUGUUGCGGUGAAGGGGGAGAAGGUCGAGAGUGAGGGAUCUGAUGCGAGGAAACAGAGCGCCGAGAGCAGUUUUUCGGGUGGAAGCCGGGGCUCGACGUCGUCGGCGGCGGUUGUGGCUUCGCCUGAGGUUCAGAACAUCGGUUGGGGUCAGUGGUACGGUUUGAGGGAGCUGGAGACGGCGACUGGUGGGUUCGCCGAAGAGAAUGUGAUCGGAGAAGGAGGUUACGGCGUCGUUUACAGAGGGGUUCUGAGCGAUGGCUCCGUCGUGGCUGUGAAGAACCUCCUGAACAACAAGGGUCAAGCGGAGAAGGAGUUCAAGGUGGAAGUUGAGGCUAUUGGUAAAGUAAGGCACAAGAACUUGGUGGGUCUAAUUGGCUAUUGUGCAGAAGGCCCUCAAAGGAUGCUUGUGUACGAGUAUGUUGAUAAUGGCAAUUUGGAGCAGUGGUUGCAUGGUGAUGUAGGGCCCACUAGCCCUCUGGCCUGGGAUAUCCGAAUGAGGAUUGCCAUUGGGACUGCAAAAGGAUUAGCCUAUCUGCAUGAAGGUUUGGAACCAAAAGUUGUACACCGUGAUAUAAAAUCUAGUAACAUUCUUCUGGACAAAAAUUGGAACCCAAAAGUAUCAGACUUUGGCCUGGCCAAGCUUUUAGGAUCUGAGGCAAGCUAUGUGACCACAAGAGUAAUGGGCACAUUCGGAUAUGUCUCUCCUGAGUAUGCAAGCACCGGUAUGCUUAAUGAAGGGAGUGAUGUGUAUAGUUUUGGGGUUCUACUCAUGGAGAUAAUAACUGGAAGGAGCCCAGUUGAUUAUUCCAGGCCAGCUGGAGAGAUGAACUUGGUUGAUUGGUUCAGAGGAAUGGUUGCAAGUCGUCAUGGAGAAGAGGUGGUGGACCCUCUGAUUGAAGUUCAGCCCUCAUCAAGAGCAUUGAAGCGGGUGUUGCUGGUGUGUCUCCGGUGCAUAGAUCUUGAUGCCAAUAAACGCCCAAGGAUGGGGCAAAUAGUACAUAUGCUUGAGGCUGAUGAGUUCCCCUAUCGUGCUAUUAAAUUGAGCAUUCUAUCAUCUCUAAGAGAUGGGGGGAGGGAGAGAGCAGAAAGAAGUUAGUGCUGUAAGUUCUUUUUAUAUUUUUUGUUUUGCUAUUUUUUAAAAUAAGGCUGAGUUGUCUUUUUUUAAAGGCUUGCAACUUUAUACACUUGCACCUCUGGACACAUGAUGUCCAUGUGGACAAUUCCAACCACUUUUUGAGUUGGGGAUAAUGUUCUGUGAUAUUGAAUAAGGUGGUGGGAUAUUACUCAAAUCAUAAAGGAGUUGAAUUGCAACCACCCCAAGAAUUUAUCAUGGAUUUUUCAUCAAAAUCCCUAAAAACUUUUUUAUUUCAAUUUUUCUAUUAAAAAAAAAAAAAAUCAACAUGUAAAUAAGACAUGCCAUGGAUAAUAUUUUCCGGCUGCAUUGUUUUUCUAAGAAAGGAAAUGCAUGCUCGAUGAAAAGAGAUGGUUCUCUGUGUGGCAUUCUUUUCUUGUGUUCUCCAACUAGCUAGCUAUUCAAAUUUUCAAUCCAAUUGAUAUGCACUAUCAUAUAUGCCACAGGAAAAAUGGGAACACUUUAUUUCAACAAGAAGAUUUAUAACCAUUCAAAAAGAAGAAACAAAAAAAAUAAUACUGUACUACUCUAUCAAUUCAAAAUGGUUCUAGUUACUUGUUUAUGUUUGCAGGAACCUCGACGAGAGAUGCCCCCUCUCCCUCCUCCUGCAGCUGUCAACAAUAAAGUUUUAUUUCCGCCCAAGGAGGCAGGGGAUGGUGAAUUGCAGAGAUCAAAAUGGAGAUGAUUAAUCUACUUGAAGCACAGUUCAUGUAUUUUUUCUUCAUCGACAUAGAAGAACUCACAUAUAUGCUCUCCUUUUUGUAGCCUUGAACAUGCAUGUCCCUAUAUAUAUUUUUGUCUCUUCACUUGAUAUGUUACAGAACAUUUCAUUUAAAUGAGCUUUGUAAAUAUAUGUUCAUUUCCAUCAAUAUCAAUUCUCUAUUUUUUGUUUCA